CUGCAUCAAAUAUGGGUAACUGGCUUGUACUCAAACCCAUGUUCAAUGUUAGUCAAGAUAUCUGGUCAACCCCAGUAGCUGGCCAAACCGCGCAUCGCUAAUAGCGUACCCGGAAUGAGAUGUCGUAAAGCCUUUGUCGUCUCGCUGAUUCUCAAUUUCUCUCAGACCAGCCAUAAUUGCUCAUGUCGAACUUGGCCUAUGAAGUUGCGUGGGAUUUUCUCACCUAGAUAUUUCCCCACACAUCACUGUCUCACUCGCACUGCGGAUACCUGGUACGGUUGCGGAGUGGGUGCGGAGGCUCAAAAGCCCCGGUUGCCCAGGUUGAUACUAGAAUUGAGAAGUGGUCCACGUCAAUCACGCAUUUCCGUGUUGUUUAAUGCACAUCAUGAUUCUCGGAGAAGAAAUAUGAUCAGUCAAAGAGUCGCAUCGUUGGGUGAACCAGAAAUUGUAACCCAAGCCCACGUGUUGCGAGAUGGCAUACGCGCCCAGUGAAAGAUACGGAGCCGAGACAGCACACGUGUGAUUGCGAUUGCUUGCAUGCUUUUCUACAGCGGAUUCAAAAAUUAUUCCUGGGUAUGAAAGACUUUCCGACAUGCCGGCAGAACGACGACGAU